GGAGCGCUCCGCGUAGAGCGUCGUUUCCGUUGCCGGUGUUUGCAGCUGGGGGAAACCGAGGCAGUGCCAGCUUCCCCCUAGUUCUUCCGCUUCUGUGAGGAAAACAUGUUCCUUUCUUUGUGGGAGUUUUUCUAUGGACACUUUUUCCGAUUUUGGAUGAAAUGGGUUUUACGACAAAUGACUGGAAAGUGUGAAUUGCAGCGAAUUUUUGACACCUAUGGAGGUGCACAGAGGACCUACAGAAUAGAAAAUUCCUUGACAUAUUCCAAGAGUAAGGUCCUACAGAAUGCAACACGAGUUGCCGAGAGCGACCUGGACAGGUGCAUAGUGGACAUCAUGAAGGAAAAGAAGAUCUGCCCCGAGAAGGACAGCAGUUUUCAAAUCUGCAUGAGGACAUGCUUACUGCAGAUCACUGGCUAUAGACAGCUCUACCAUGACGUAGAAAAUGUGAGGAAAAAGCCCUACGAUUCUGCCAAUGCACAGCAUGAGAAGCUGCUCCUCAAGCUUUGGAGUCUUCUGAUGCCAACGAAAAAGUUGAAGGCCCGGAUCUCCAAGCAGUGGGCAGACAUUGGUUUCCAAGGCGAUGAUCCCAAAACAGACUUCAGAGGCAUGGGCAUACUCGGACUGAUCAAUCUUGUGUAUUUCAGCGAGAACUACACCAGCGAAGCACAUCAGAUCCUCUCCCGCUCAAAUCACCCCAAGUUAGGGUAUUCUUAUGCAAUAGUUGGGAUCAAUCUCACCGAGAUGGCUUACAGCUUAUUGAAGAGCGAGGCGCUGAAGCUUCAUCUCUACAACUUCGUCCCUGGGGUACCCACAAUGGAGCACUUUCACCAGUUCUACUGUUACCUUGUCUAUGAAUUUGACAAGUUUUGGCUUGAAGAAGAGCCAGAAAGCAUUAUGUACUUCAACUUGUACAGAGAGAAGUUUCACGAGAGGAUCAAAGGACUCUUGAUGGAUUGCAAUGCUGUGCUCACUCUGAAAACAUGAACACCACUUAUCUUCUCUUUCUACCACCUUUUGCACACAAAACAGAAUUUAUAUGUUAUUAUAGAAAUUAUCUGAUUAACUACACUCAUAUAAUUUCCUACAAAAAUACUUCAGAAACUCUAUUUAAGGAAGCUAGAGGACAAUCAGUGUGUGUUUACAUUCGUUUAUACCCUGUUCUCCAAAGAGCCACACCGUCCAGAGCCACGCCAACUACAGUUUGGAGCUUGGGUCUAGCCUCUUAGUUUCAAAAGUAUAAAUCAGGUAUAUUUAUAUUUAGCCAACUGAUCAAAAUGUGCACAAGUCUGUUCUCAUUUUGUGUGCUGUGCUCCCGUGCUGGUGUCAUUUAAGACCUCUGCAGGGUCCCUGUUCACUCUGGAAGUGGCUUCUGAAUGCUCUUGGUCUUUUAUCUCUAGGCAAAUCAGCACGGGGUAUCGUCUGAGGCUUUCUUUGUGUCUCUAGCUCUUGUCAAGAAGUCCUAUCCUUAGAGCAGAGAGAGCGAGGCUCUGUCAGGGAGGGUGAACAAUCAUGGCGUCCUUUGAUUUCUCCGGUGCCUGACUAGCAGAAAUGAGAGGAUGGCGGUGCUGGUGACUAGCAGCUUCUGUAGAAGUAGCCCACGUUGGAGGUCUUAUUUUAAGGACUCUAGGCAUUUACUCCAGUCCAGUAUUUUCUUUUAUCAGCUGUAGAAGGAACCUUCCUCAGAGCCCCACUGGAGGCCUGUGUGUUUAGAAAGGAGGUGCCUCUGCUGGGAAAAUCUUGAUUGCAUUUGAAACAUAGCUUCUUUUUCGAUUAAACUCUCUUUGAAACACAAGAAGAAAACUUAGAGCUUUUUAGACAUCUGUUCCCGAUCAUUGGUGUAUUUGACUUGCUGUUCUCUUUUGCUUACCCUUGCUUUGCCUCUGGUGUUUCUGGCUGAUGUUGUAGGGACCGGGUUAGCAGCCUGUGGGGUGCUACCAUAGCCCGGAUCAUGACUGUGCAUUUUUGUAUAGCUUUAUUCUCCAAAAUCUCAGGAGGGCAGCAAGUACUGUGGAGGGUUAUACGUGAGGAGAUUCUGAUGGGGCGGUACCCUCUUGGCAUGUGUUAAGAGAUUUAUUCCCAGAGCCAAACUAAAAGAGCUUAAAGACUGGAUGAGAAACACUGCUGAGUUCCGUGGAAACCAGUUUAUGACAUCAUAGUUUAACCUAAUACAUGGUGAUGUUUUGCACAUCUUUUAAUAUCAGGUAUGUAAUGACUAGCUUGUGUGAUAGAGGGAAGUUUGCUGCUUUCCCACAAUUGUUCGUGUCUUCUGACAAGCCUGUCUUCACACUUGUCAGAGAGUGAGAGAGCGAGGGAGCACGGGACGGGUGUCCUUAGGAGAGCCACAGCUGUUGUGUUGUGUAGGCUGCAUUGCAGAGCAUGGGUUCAAACUGUUUCCUUAAGGAAUAUGAAACUUUAUUUUUAAGUAGGUUUGCUUUAUAAUACUAGAAAGGAUUUAACUUUUCAGUAUUAUAGGAAUUUAAUAAUUGAUUUCUUAUAGGGGAUUUGUCAACCCUGGUAACAUAAUUUCAUUUUUAAAAAAUCUUGUCGUCCAGGGUUUAUGAUAUAUUGUGUCGCCAGACCCUAACAAGGAGCACAUGUUUACCGUUAUUGUUCACUGUAUUAUAGUGUGAAGUCUUCCAUGGACAGCAGCUGUAUUUGUCUGUAACUUUUGUGCUAAAAGUACUUGUGCAUGUAUGUUAAUCUUUCAGCAGCCAGAUCUUGGACUGAUUUAACUCUUUAUCAGCAUAUGUAAUAAAACGACUACUUGAAGUAUGAAAGAGGAAAUAAUAAUUAAUAAUAAUAAGUAAUUAUUUCCUGACAGAAAAUAACUCUAUAAUGAUGUGAAGAACAUAUUAUCAUAGUUAGGUUAAUGUCACAGUCUUUAAAUCCUCCUUUGUACAUUACAGAUAUUGUUUGUUUGGUUUUUUUUUUGUUAGAAUUAUCAUUAGCCAUUUCAUAUAAUUAUAUAGUGAACUGAUCUGUAAGCCAAUUCCAGCUUCAAAGUUCUGCUAUUCUGGAAGCUUGACUGUCACUAGUUGUACACGAGAAUUUAACAGGAAGCCCCAGACUGAUGGGCUAGGUGUAUGCAGGAAAGGAACAGCACAGUCAGUUCCCCUUACUUGCAGCAGACAUCAGAACUUCAUGCAGUUUUAAAGCCCAUGUUUAGAUGCUCACCUGUGUCUAGAACUAUUAAAAUUACAAUGUAGCAAAUUGGUAGUAAUGGCAUUGAGUAGCAAGAAAGUUAUGUUACUUUUAGAUUAAAUAAAAUAGAAUCAAUGUGGAGAUGAAUUCUUGUAUAUGUGAAGGUGAAGAAAUUUUACCGGUGACAAGAGUAGCAUAAAAUAUAUAAACACAACAUUUAGCAGUUCAAAUGCUCUGAAAGACAAUCUUUUUAAAAAUGGGAGACACUUAGUUAUCUCACAGAACCUAGACCAGGCUCUUUGUAAAUAAAUGUAACAGUACAGCUAGGUAUAAAAAUGAUUUUAAACUGGCACCGUUUACAGUUCAAAAAUCAAAUUUUUUUUCUUAAAAAUUUCUAUCCUGUUUUUUCCUUCUAUUGUAGAGCUACUAGGAUUUGUAUUAUUUUUCUAUGAAAAUGUAUGCAAAAAAAAGACUAAAGAGUCUUCCCUCAGUGUUGGCUAUCAUAUCAUUCUGUCCAUUGAGAAUAUUCAGUGAAAGGGAUUUUGAUUAAAAGUUUUGCUCAAAGAAAAACGAUUACUUGGGUGUGAAAAGCAGCUCUUCGUUUCUGCAGCAGAAGGGUAUCAGCCAAAUAAAAGAUGGAGUUUGCCCGGGAGGGUGGGAGUUUAUUCUUGUGCUCAUAACUGGGGACCAGCAGCUGCGUCCUCAGAAUAGGUGCUCUACUCUAACCCAGGAAGGGCGGUGCUUCUGGGGAGGCUUUGUCAUGUUCACAUGUGAGUAGCCUCUCCACACAAGCAGCUGUUAAAUGAAGAUGAGGGGACUUGUUAACACUCUGAGGAAAAUCAUGAUGUGUAUUUUUGGUUUUUUCUGUCUCCAGUUUUUUGAUGAGAUAAAAUUUUUAAAUGUAAUGUAGGUAGGACCCAACGACCACAUUGACUUUGGUAGGGUAGUUCUGUGUUUUGUUAAAGUACUGACCAAUAUUUAAGCUGUAGUGUUCCCUGGAGGGAAAGUACCCGUUGGUAACUUUGUCUAUUUUGCAUCAAGCAUUUGAGUUUCAUGUAAAAGCAGUAGUGUGAAAUGUGAUGUCCUUUUGUUUGUAAUGUUAAGUGAGAGAAUAAAAUCACAGCUGAAACUGUUGUAAGCCUUUCCAUGGAUGCUUGGGCUGCCGUUGUGUCCUCCACCCCUAUUUAAGUCAUUUGAAUUCUGGAAACAAUACUUAAAUUACAGGUAAGUUGUGAGACUCUUUUUUUUUUUUUAAUUUUUAUUUAUCUAAUGUAUAUUACAGAUGGUUGUGAGCCACCAUGUGGUUGCUGGGAUUUGAACUCAGAACCUCUGGAAGAGCAAUCAGUACUCUUAACCACUGAGCCAUCUCUCCAGAUCCCAAGUUGUGAGACUCUUAAGUCACCUUGUAAUUGUAUAAGGUGUUACUGACUGAGAGUAAGUGGCUCUGAGACCAAAAGUAUACUUCGUUUUACAAGAAGCCACCAUUUCACCUGAACUCACCGCAUUCCACCCAGUUUUCACCAAGGGUAGAAGUGAUUCAUGCUGCUCAUCAUUUUCUUACACUGUCCUCGUUCUAUUUACAUACUAAUACUCGAUUUUUUCAGUUUCGUGGCAUUCCAGUGUGUG